AUGUUAGGGGAAGCAACUAAAGUCACCUUUGCAAUGAAAGGAUUGAUCGCCUUGGCCUUUGCAGGGUCCAUUGGUAUGACAUUCGUGGUGCUUGCAUGUGCUCUCCAACAAUACAACAACUGGUGGCCAUUUUUUGUCAUCGUAUUUUAUCUGCUGUCCCCCAUCCCAAUGGUCAUAGCAAGACGCUACCGUGAUGAAAUGCAAGCCAGUAGUGUGUGCCAUGAACUAGCCAUAUUCAUCACUACAGGGAUCAUCAUCUCUGCAUUUGGACUGCCCAUGGUCCUAGCCAGGGCUCCCAGAUCUCAACCUGUGAUUGAGUGGGGUGCAUGUGGACUUGUGUUGGCUGGGAAUAUUGUUGUGUUCAUCACUAUUCUUGGCUUCUUCAUUGCCUUUGACAGUGAGGAUGUUGAUUACUCAAUAUGGGCUUGAGGACCUGUGUAAUGGGAAUCAUCUCCCUUUCCUGUCACAUCAUGAAAGGUUACUGUCUGCUAUAUACAGUGAAUGCAAGGAUCUAAUGAAAACCUCUAAUGUAGGUGCAUCAAGUAUGCGGCUAUCCUGUAUAUGUUCCAUGUCGUAUUGAAUUGAUGCCUUUGAGAUUCCCAGUCUCAUUCUGAAUCUGAAUUUAUCUGAGUCUAUGCCAAUCUGAAUGAAUGGUUUUCUCUUCAUUACCAUUAUUAAAUCAUGCAAUAAUUGAGUGACAUGAGGAUUAUUAAGAAACAGGAG